AUGGCGAGCGACGCGGGCAGGAAGCAGUUCUGGAAGCGGAGCGGCGCGAAGGUGCCGGGCAGUAUCCAACAUGUGUAUGGAGCUCAACAUCCACCUUUUGAUCCAUUAUUACAUGGAAGCUUGAUAAAAACAGGCUCAAAACCACCUACCACUCCAGUGAAACUAAAGAAAGUCAGCACCUUCCAAGAAUUUGAAAGUAACACAAGUGAUGCUUGGGAUCUUGGGGAUGAUGAUGAUGAACUCUUAGCAAUAGCUGCUGAAAACUUAAAUACUGAAGUGGUCAUGGAAACAGCUCACAAAGUAAUUGAGAAUCACAGCAAAUUACAAGAACAGCAUAAAUUGCAGGAGGAACAACUGCAUGAAACAAAACAAAUAGAAUCUUUGGAACUGUCUUCAGUUGCAUAUGGUGAUAACCGGCUUGUUAAAUCAGUCAGUGAAGGCCAUACAUCAAGUUCACCAGAUAAUGCCAGUGAAAAUUCUUCCAUGCAGAGAUCACAGUCCCUUCCACAAACUUCCACUCCUCCCUUGGUGAGCGGAAUAGCAGAUCAUAGCACCUCAGUUACUUCUGCAUUAACAGAAAGAGAAGCAUCUCGAUUAGACAAAUUUAAGCAGCUACUGGCUGGCCCUAACACAAAUCUUGAAGAAUUACGGAAACUGAGUUGGUCUGGAAUUCCUAAACAAGUUCGUCCUGUUGCGUGGAAGCUUCUUUCGGGCUAUCUUCCUGCAAAUGUGGAUCGAAGAGAAAGCACUUUACAAAGAAAACGGAAAGAAUAUUUUGCAUUUGUUGAGCAAUACUAUGAUUCCAGAAAUGAUGAAAGUCACCAGGACACGUACAGACAGAUUCAUAUAGAUAUCCCACGCAUGAGUCCUGAAGUUUUAAGACUUCAGCCCAAAGUAACAGAGAUCUUUGAACGAAUUUUGUUUAUCUGGGCUAUACGUCAUCCAGCCAGCGGAUAUGUUCAGGGCAUAAAUGAUCUUGUUACUCCUUUUUUUGUAGUCUUCGUUUGUGAAUAUAUAGAAGAAGAAGAAGUGGAAAAUUUUGAUGUUUCCAAUCUGCCUGAAGAAGUGCUGCAGAACAUAGAAGCUGACAGUUAUUGGUGCAUGAGCAAGUUGCUUGAUGGCAUUCAGGAUAAUUACACAUUUGCUCAGCCAGGAAUUCAAAAGAAAGUGAAAAUGUUGGAAGAACUUGUUAGACGGAUCGAUGAACAAGUUCACAGGCACUUGGACCAGCAUGAGGUGAAAUACUUGCAAUUUGCUUUCCGUUGGAUGAAUAACUUGCUGAUGAGAGAAGUCCCUUUACGGUGCACCAUCAGGCUGUGGGACACAUACCAAUCUGAACCAGAGGGUUUUUCUCACUUCCACUUGUACGUCUGUGCUGCCUUCCUUGUCAGGUGGAGGAAAGAGAUCCUGGAAGAGAAAGACUUUCAAGAAUUGUUGAUAUUUUUACAGAAUUUGCCUACAAUGCACUGGGAAAAUGAAGAAGUUAGUGUACUGCUGGCAGAGGCAUACAGACUUAAGUUUGCAUUUGCGGAUGCCCCCAACCAUUACAAAAAAUGAACAUAAAGAACCAGAAAUUGUUAAAACCAGCAUGUUCUGCAGUAUUAUGGCAUCAGUUAUCCUGGUUGUGCUUUUGGUUCAUUCUUCUUUUGUUUUAAUUAAGAUGACCAUUAAAGCUCUGUUAAAAUUUACAGAAUGAGAAUGAGAUACCAAAGAAAUGGACACAGCAGGGUAUCAAAUAUUGAACGAACAAACUUAAAAGUGAACUUUCUUGCUCAAUGUUAAAAAAAAAAGUUCUAAUGUAUUGGUCUUUUCUCCUUCUAUAAUUAAGAGAAUUACAGUCUGUAAAUUCUGUCCAAUAAUUGCUAUAUGCGCUUGAGACUUAAAUUUUCUUACAGAAUGAUUAUAGGAUUAUUUUGGUGUCAUCUGUAAUAAGUUUAUCAGCCAGUAUUGGCCAGUGAUAAGAAUUAUUUAUUUUAAGGGAGAAAAAAACUUCUCAGUCCUGAAGAGAAUUUGAGACAGUAAGGCCCGUGUUUUGAGAUUUAGUUAUUUCUCAG